GAUUCUCAUCCCGGCCAGUGUCCACUGUACUUUCCUAGUCCUAGAGAAGACUAUUUUGACACGCCCAUUGUCACCCACUGGCGUCUCAUCUCCCACCGCUUCAAAAAAAGGAAAAAGAAAAUCGAAGUUGCAACAAUCAAAGACAAAAUCGACAUUCAUCAGCACUUCACAUGAUCAUAAAAAUUAGAAAUCACAAUUAAUGCAAUCCUCCUUUCAACCGUUUUGGACUCCUUUCUCAGCCUCUCUCCAAAGACCUUCAAUCGUCACCUUCAUCCAUUUCUCAUAACAGUGGCGGGUGUUGGUUUAUUUUGAGUUUUGAAGUAGUCUGUUUUUCGUGCGGUAGGAUCUUGUUCAAGAAAGACUACGUUUGGUCAACUGAAAAGUGAAAAGUGAUGGGCAUUUACCUAAGCUCUCCAAAAACAGAGAAGCUCUCAGAGGAUGGUGAGAACAUGAAGCUUAGAUAUGGGUUAUCAUCUAUGCAAGGAUGGCGUGCAACAAUGGAAGAUGCGCAUGCAGCAAUCCUCGACUUGGACGCUUCCACUUCUUAUUUUGGCGUUUAUGAUGGUCACGGAGGGAAGGUUGUGGCUAAAUUCUGCGCCAAAUAUCUUCAUCAACAAGUGCUCAAGCAUGAAGCAUAUCUGGCUGGUGAUAUUGGAACUUCUUUGCAGAAAUCCUUUUUAAGAAUGGAUGAAAUGAUGCGUGGACAAAGAGGUUGGAGGGAGCUUGCUAUUCUGGGGGAUAGAUUGAUCAAGCUCACUGGUAUAAUAGAGGGCUUGAUAUGGUCUUCUAGAAUUUCUGAAGGAAAUGAUCAAUUUGAUGAUUGGGCAUUUGAGGAGGGACCCCACUCUGAUUUUUCUGGACCAACUGCUGGAUGUACAGCUUGUGCUGCAAUCAUUAGAGGCAACCAUCUUGUUGUUGCAAAUGCCGGUGACUCUCGCUGUGUAAUUUCAAGGAAGGGUCAGGCGUACAAUCUGUCAAGGGAUCACAAGCCUGAGCUUGAGGCCGAAAGAGAACGGAUCUUGAAAGCUGGUGGUUUCAUUCAUCAUGGACGAGUGAAUGGGAGUCUAAAUCUUGCAAGAGCUAUAGGAGAUAUGGAAUUCAAGCAGAAUAAGUUUUUGCCAGCUGAGAAGCAAAUUGUAACAGCCAAUCCAGACAUAAAUACAGUUGAGUUGUGUGAUGAUGAUGAUUUUAUGGUGCUAGCUUGUGAUGGCAUAUGGGAUUGUAUGUCAAGCCAGCAACUGGUUGAUUUUGUCCAUGAGCAGCUGCAUUCCGAAAGCAAGCUUUCGGCAGUGUGUGAAAGAGUUUUCAAUCGGUGCUUGGCACCGUCUACUACUACAGGAGAGGGCUGUGACAACAUGACGAUGAUAGUUGUGCAAUUUAAGAAGCCAAUCCGUCGGGGAUCUGAUGAGUUAGCUGAUUCCGAUAAGAAGUUGCCAGAAGUGGCUGAUAGAUCUGAUGGUGAAGCUGCUGAAUCAGUUGGUUGCGGAUCAACCUCAUGACAUGAGUAUGUUAUCAUGUCUUGUUUAGAGUCAUUUUGAACUUCUAAUCUGGAACUUGUGCAUGAAUGAAGGCUUCUUCUUGUGGUGCUCUUUGUUACCGCAAUGUACUUUAACAAUGGAAAUGAUUUGUACAUAAAAAUAUCAUAGAGGAUGUUCGACACUAUUUUACUCUCUUCGUUCUAUCAUUGUAAAAAAACGUUAAAAAGCCAGAGAAGAUGAAGCAGACAUAAUAUGUCUUUUGUCAUGAUCGUAGACUUGUAGUUGCCAAAAAUAAAAAGUUG